AUUUUCGAGUGCUUUCUUAAGUUAUCCGUUAUUUGGAGAACUUUAAAAUUUAGUGAUUAUACAUCUCCUUUUUGUUUAAAGUAUAUUUUAAAAUUGCGACGAAAUAAUCAGAUAGGAAUUACACCACAAAUUCUUCAUCGAAUUCUGUAAUAGGAACUGAAGAAACAAUGCAAAUAUAUAAUAUAAUAUAAGAUUUCUCUCUAAAAGAAUUCUUUCUAAAAUUAUGAGUUAAUUGUUGCAUUGAACUGCACUGUGAAGAGGAAAGCUUGAAGACAGUUUAACUUUUGAAAAUCAUAUUUCAAUGUGAACUAUGAAAGAAAAAGAUUUGAGAAUCUCUUCAUGUGAUAUUUAAGGAUUACAAUUUCAAUCAUGAGUUAUGGAAGAGAAAGGAUAUAAUAGGAUAUAACACAAUUUCAAGUUUAAACCGUGAAGUUAUAAGAAGAAUGUUUGAAAGCUAUUUGACAUUAACAAUUAUAAUACCAAUUUCAAAUUAAGAAAGAGAGAGAUUAAAAAGAAGAGAUUUUUGUGUUUACAGUAUAUUUUUAAAGCUACAACUGCAAACUGUGAAAAAGAUUUAUUUACAAGAGCAACUAAUUUAAUUAUGAGAAAGAGGAAUUUAAAAGAUACAAUUUCUUUCAAGCUAAAACUAUGAAGAUGAAGGAUAUGAAGGAUAUUUGACUUGAAAUCUACAACUUUAAAUUUGAAUUAUGAAUUAGAUUUAUUCAAUUAUUAAAAACUGUAAUAUCACAACAAUGCCACAUCCUUGUGUUGUCUGUGGUCGUUCGCGCAUGAACCCCAACAAUCGCGAGGAAGAAUACAUGUUCUUUGGCUUUCCGGUGAACGAUGAGCCUCGUUGUCGUGAUUGGCUCGAGUUCUGUGGUCGUGAGGAUCUUUACAAACUUACAAAGAAACAACUUCUUCAACGUAUGGUUUGUUCCAAGCAUUUCCAGCCCCAAGACUUUCUCAAUGAAUAUUUAGACCGCUUAUAUGCUAGUGCAGUUCCAUCGGUCUAUGAUCCUAAGCAGAGUUUAUAUAAUAUAACAUGUGUUCUUUGUGGAAGAGCACGAAAAGAUCCACCUGCUGCAGAUUAUGAUGGAACAACCUUCCAUCAUUUUCCCGGAGAAGAAUUUCGCUGCCUCAAAUGGCUAGAUUUUGUUGGCGUAGAGUCAUAUUACAGAUUAACAAGGAAAGAAAUCCUUUUUUGUUAUAUCUGUUCUAAGCAUUUUGAUCGUUCCCAGUUUGUUUCAGGAUAUAAAGGAAGAUUAAUAGAAAAUGCUAUUCCUAACAUUCGCGAUGCAGACCAGUCGGACCAAUCAGGGCCGUCUAUUACCGAUUCGCAGAUUGAAUCGAUUUUCAACUUCCCAGAUAAGGGUAAAAAGCUGGAACCAUUUUCUACUGAAGUAUUGGAAAGUCAAGCUUGUGCGGCUUGUGGUCGAUUAAGAUCUGAUCCGAGAAAUAAACUUGAGCGUUACAAAUUUCAUCCGUUCCCAGCUUAUGAAAUAGGUCGAUGUUUACGCUGGUGCCAAUUUCUCGGUCGUGAAGAUCUGCUCAAAAUGUCGCCUAAUCAAAUACGCAAGCUCGUGUUGUGUUCCAAACACUUCCAAACUAAGCAGAAUUUCCACAAUGGCCCAUGCGACGCAGUGCCCACAAUAAAGGAUAUUUCAGAAUGUGAAAAUGUUUUGGAGCAAAAUGAGGAUGAACAGUAUUUUGAAGAAGAUAAUAAAGACCCUUCUAAAGACAUGAAGCGUUGCUCGGUCUCUAGGCCACUUGUGUCCAGCAAGAAGCCCAAGGUUGAUAAUAAACCUGCACCAUUGGCGAAAAAACGGGGAAAAUCUCGAAGACCAACCUCUAUUAAUAUUCCUAAACCUGAUUCUAACAAUACAGAAAACCAAGUUAAAAAACUACCUCUUCCACCCACGACCAACUGGAAGAUCCAGUUGGGAGAACAAUUUCAACCCGUUACAAUUAAUAAUGUCGCUUCAAAUAAUGUUGCAAAUAAUCUUCAAGGAAGCAUCAAGAAGAUUAUAAUGCCAUUUACUGGAGAUAUAUCGAAGCUUGGUGAUCCGAUACCAGUUCACAGUUUGUCGAGUAUUCCUCCAGGACUGUUAAUCAAAAUAAAUCUGCCAGAACAAGAACAACAACAACAAAAUCUCCAGAAAGUUUCGAAAAUAAAAAAACAAAGCAAAACGAAAAAUUCUACGAGUAAUUCGAGCGAACAACAAAUUUGGAUGAACAAUAAUCAAAAUUCUGUUAUCUUGCAAAAAAAGAAGCAGGACUUAGACAAAAGUCUAGUGAAAAUUUUAUCGAGAUCUACAGAAUCUAAAAAGAUUUUAAAUUCUAAUAAAGUACAAGUAGGAGAACAAGAACUUCCACUCUCUUUGGAAAUUUUGGAAAAUGUUGGGCUGCAGGUAAAAAAGAAACAACAUUUUGAAAAGUUGGAUGAUUCAGAAAAAGAUAUAAUGAAGAGGAAGAAGACAAUACGGCGGAAGAAAAUUACAGGAACCAUGAGAAGAACUAUGUUUCCUAUCAGAAACGAGAUUAAGCAUUUCUUGAGAAAAAUAACACCACUGAUGCAUCGGUUACCAUCGCGGGCCAGAGCAACAUUGAAGCUAUCAAUUGUCAAUAUGGUGAUCGAUCAGCUUUGAAGAUGCAGAAAUUUUUUUUAAAUUGGAAUUCUCUCUAAUUUUAUUGAUUGGUAGAAACAGUUGAAGAAGUUUUCGAAAAAUUUAGUUGCGAUUUGGAUUUAUUUCAUUUUGUGGAUUGAAAAAUGCUAGAUAAAUCUGAAAUGUCAUUAAGUUUGAAUUUAUUUAAUUUUCAAUGAAAUGUUACCAUCGGCGAACUAUUCUAUUCUAGAAUUGUCAACAUCCCGAAUUAUUUUCCAAAAUAACAUGGGAUUUCGACGCCUUCUAUUCACAGAAUAAAAUUUAUUUUUAAUUCAUUUUUUUUUUUUUUAAUGCAUGCUCACGUGAUGAUAUAUGUAAUGAAGUUAAUAUACAGUAGGUAAUAGGAGAGAACAUAACACAAAUAGAGAAUUUUAGUUCAUUAUAUAAGUCUACAGCUGAUUUAAAAUGGAGAGAUAUAGAAUAGAGAUUCUAUUGUAUUAUUCAAUAUUGUUUAAUUGGAUUAUAUGUUUCCCAAAAUAUUAAUUUAAA